AUGACUUUUGUUUCACCCAUUAAUACAAUUACACUCGAUUGCACUGGCAAUGUAUUACCAAAUGCUAUAUUACUUGCUGAUGUUGAUUCAACUAAAAUUAAUAAAUUAUUAGUUGGUACUCAAGAAGGUGAACUACUAAUAUUUAAAUCCAAUCGAAAUCCAAACGAUGUACAGUUGUGGCGUCGAGCACAAGGACUCGGAUUUAUUACAGCUAUCACUGUUGGUUUUCUUGUACCAAAGGCUAAUGAACCUCGGCCCAUCAUUUGUGUAGUAAAUGCUGAAGGUGCUAUUCAUUUGUUUCUUCUACGGCCGAAUAUACAAAGAAGUCGUGUACGUAGCGCAGGCGGCACUGCAACUAACAAUCGAAAUGAUUCAAAAUUACAAUUAUAUGGAAUAACAACAUUAUCCAAUGAUGAGGAACAACAACAGAUUCAACCAGCAUUCAGUCAACAACUUAUUUGUAAUCCAAAAGUAUUACUUAUUCAAGAUUUUCAUGAGACCGAAAAACAAUUAAUAAUCAGUUAUAAUGAUCGAACUAUUCGUAUAUUCACAUCAAUGAUUCUAGAAGAAUACGAUGGUCGACUAUCAGGUCGAAUUUUAUUAAAACAUGUUUUCAAUGUUGCUGAUCAAAUUCACACAUUAAGUUCUAGACAAAUGCUCACAUCAAAAGAUUAUGAACUAAUUGUUUCACAACCAGGUGGAAAUCUUCUUCGAUUCAAUCCCAAUGAAGAAAAUGCUCGGAUCAUAGCAACAGAUAUAACUAAUCAUACAGCAACUGGAUGGACAGAAGCAAUAGCACUUGAUGGAUUUUUUGAUGACACUGUCUAUGCAACUAUAUGCCAUGAUCAUAUCGAUAUAUUCUCAAAUCAACUGAAUAAAAUACUAAGUACAAUUCCAUUAAGUGUAACAACCGGCCAUCUGUGCGGUCUUCGACAACUACCUGCUACGAAAGAUAAACAAAGCCAAUUAGUCACAAUCUCAUCUGUUGAUGGUGAUACAUUUAUUAUUGAUCGUCAUUCAAAUAUAAUUCGUUUUCGACCACCAUUAUCAUCAAGUACAGUUUUCGGUAGUGGAAAUGAUUCCAUGGCGCAUAGUCACUUUUUUGAUCAAAUACAAGCAUUUACAUCGGGUUUAUUUGGUGAUAAUAAUACGUUUUGUUUCAUUUAUGUAUUAACACAUAAUGAUAAAAUUAUAAUUGUACAUUCAAUAGAAAUAAAUAGCACAAGAACAACCAAUCUAUUAACAACUUUACCAAAAACAAUAGCAGAUGAAAAAUUCAAAGACGCUCAAUCAAUGUUAGAACAAUUAAAAGAUUUAUUACAUCCGCAUUAUUAG